UCCUGUCAAGUCGGACUUCCUGGUUUAUUUUAGUUGUUUUUCCUGUAUUGAUCAUGGCUGCAGAAGGAGAUUUUCUGGCGAGAUACCGCGCUGUAUCAAAUAAACUGAAAAAACGUUUUCUUCGGAAGCCCAAUGUAGCGGAGGCAAGUGAACAGUUUGGUCAGUUAGCCAAGGAGCUGAAGCAGCAAGACUGCCUGCAAUAUGCUGCCUUCUGUAACCUGGCCAUGGCUCGGUGUGAGCAGACUCUCUUCAACGCUCCUGGAGAGGCCCUGGCGUUAACCGAUGCUGCCCGCCUCUUCCUCUCGUCUGAGAAGGAGAACAGGGCCCUGCAGGCUCCGGGCUUUGAUGAGCACCUUCAGGCUGCACUCAACUGCUACAGCUUUGCCAUCAAGGUGUACAUUGAGAUGAACCAGCCUGUGAUGGCAGCCAGCUUGUGUCUAGAACUUGGCAACGCGCUCAAGGAGAUGAACAGACCAGGAGAGGCUAUUGUUCAUUACCAGAGGGCUGCGGAGUUGCAGACACAGACUCCAAUUGAAGCUCUGUUGUCAAUGGGAGAAAUGGCCACAUGUAAAAUUCUCACACGUGACUACGAUGGCGCUCUGUCAGUGUUUACAGAGAUGCAGCUUGUAUGCCAGGAGAGAGGACUGCAGCUACCAGGCACCAGCACCCCUGUUGGAGCUUUUCUGGACAUUGUGGCAAAAUGUGAGAUCUCCAGAGUGUUGCUGCUGAUGUUGCUCGAGCCUCCGCCUCAGAAGCUGCUACCAGAACAUGCACAGACCCUGGAGAGAUACGCAUGGGAGUCGUUUGACCCUCACAGCCAAGUGACCUUCCUGCCUGAGAAUGUUUUCCUCCUCCUGCAGUCAGUCGUGAUGGCGUGUCAGGAGAAAGACACAGAGUCCCUAAAGUCUCUUCAGAUUGAGCUAUGGCCUUUUCUGACUGCAGAGCAGAAUCAUCUUCUCCACCUGGUGGUUCAGGAGCGCAUCACGCCGUCUGGCCAAGGCAUUUAGUACAGUCCGGUUUUUACUCACUUCCUCUGGGAACGAUACUUUAUAUAAUGGAACAUUCCUGUUUCUGACUGGGUCUGUUGUAAGGCCUGAAGAAGUGUUGUUUUCAAAACCUCAGUGUUGUAACUUGCACACAAUAUAAAACUUUCCCCUUACGAAGUCAAAUCACAUGGGUUUAGAAAUCAGUGAAAAUCCAGUUGAAGUUGAUCGUAUGUUGUUUAUUACCCUGAUGUGAUCAUUGGUCAAACUACAACACUGGACUAGUUAAUACAUAUUUAUUAUGCCUUGUAAUAGUGACUGUUUUGAGUUGUAUCUUGUAGUAUUUAUUCACAGCAGUUAAAUAGAUGAAACAUAUUAAUGCCUUAUGUUAUAAUUUCUUUUAUUAAUAAAUGAUAUGGCUUAAAUUCCAAUGUAAUUACAAACAAAACCUUCUAAUGUAUAGUUCUGAAAUAUGAUAAAAUGAAACACAAUCUUCCUCCAUCCCUGGUUCAUGUUCACUUGUACAAAUUACAUGUACUUUCUUAUGAUAGCAGCCAACUACAAACACACAAAAUCAAACAUGGAUUAAAAAAAAAAUCACUCAAUAAAAAAUGUUACAAAAAUAUAAUGGUUACAAUAUACAACGAUAAAAACAAAGGAUACACUAUACUUCAGUUGUAAAAUAAUGAUACACGAUUAAAACUACUUGUCCUGUAAAUAAAGGCUUGUGUUUUCUCAUCAA